GACAGACUGGUCRCGUCGUGUAUCCAUACUUCACUAKCUAUACAAAGUUGKAUGAACUGUUGGUUUUUGAAAGUCUUCUCGUUCUCACAUAUAUAAUGAAACGAAAGAUGAACAACUGGAAUCUAACUUGUGGAGUGCUUUUARCAGUAUUUCUAGUUUACAUGGUUAGCUAUCGUAUUUGCAACAAUUUUGCAGUAACACAAGAUCAUCUUUGCAAGAGCGAACAUGAGUUUCAUCAAGGGAAAAUUCAUACACAAAUGCGAGAACUAGUAGUAGCCAAAGAAUCUAAAGAGUCAAGAGAAAGAAAAAUUCAUCAAUAUAGUCUAGAGCUGAAAAAGGCUGAAGAAAGAAUAAAAGAAUUACAAGUGUUAUUAUCAAGAGAAAGGAAAAAAGGUGCAAAAAGCUUCAAUGGGCACAUGUUAGUUCAUCUUGAUCUAAAAGGGGCUCCACCCAAAAUGCCAUAUUUGAUGAAGUUACUGUCUCACUUUAAAGAGUGGGGUGCCACUGGUUUACUAGUAGAAUAUGAAGACAUGUUUCCAUAUUCUGACGAUCUUGAAGUACUAAAGACUAAACAUGCCUACAGUAAAGAUGACAUUACUCGCUUUUUAGAAGAAUGUGAAAAUCAAAAUCUUAUGGUAGUUCCAUUAAUACAAACAUUUGGGCACAUGGAGUUUGUCUUGAAGCACAAAGAGUUUGAAGAUCUUCGUGAAGUAAAAUCGGCUACAGAUUCCAUCUGUCCUAGCAAGAAUGGCUCCUUCCCUUUAAUCAAGAAGAUGAUUGAUCAAGUUCUGCAGCUUCAUCCAAAAAUCAAGUAUGUUCAUGUUGGUGGAGAUGAGGUUUACAGAUUAAAGGACUGUGACUUAUGCAAGGCAGAUAAAAGAUCUAAAAUGAGACUUUUCAUCGAUCACAUGACACGGAUACUUAAGCAUAUCAAUCAGAAGAACCUGAUCCCAUUAAUGUGGCAUGACAUGAUGAGAAUGGCAGAUGUCAAAGAAAUAAAAGAACUCGGUACAUUGAUGCAGCCAAUGGUUUGGUCGUAUGUUACUAAUUUGAAAAAUCACUUUCCCGCAGGAAUGUGGGAGAGAUUCUCAGCUGCUUUCCCAAAAAUGUGGGUUGCUAGUGCUUUUAAAGGAGCUACAAGGCCCGACAGCAAUUACGUGCCCAUUAAUCACCAUCUCCAGAAUAACAUGGACUGGUUGGACGUAAUCCACUCUCUCCCUAAUUCUACUACUAUCGAGGGCAUUGCCUUGACGGGUUGGAGUAGGUAUAAUCAUCACGCUCCUCUUUGCGAGCUUCUACCAGCGGGUCUUCCAUCACUUGCAUUCUGUCUUAAGGCUCUAACCUACGGCGAGAUGAAUGAAAGCUUGAAAAAGGAGGUCGUUGAAAGCCUUGGACUGCCUCAAAAUUUCAGCCUCGAAAUUACACCCUACAAGAGAGAAUACAAAGAUUUGCCUGCAAGUUUCCCAGGUCAUGAGAUUUUCACACUGGUUGGUAACUUGACGAUGGCUCUGGAAGYACCAAAUAAAAAUAGCAAGUCUAUCCAUCUGACGUCACUAAARGAGAAGCUCCAUAACCUGCUUAACCAGAUCUACUACGAAGACACGGUGGAAGAGUGGAUAAGUGACAAAAUAACCGCUAAGAUUCCAAAGCCCAAAUCUUGAGUAAUCCUGACUAGAGUGCUUUUAGUAAGAGCGUGAAACAUUAAUGAUUCUAUUGUGUACUAUUUUAUGCACAGUUUAGUUAGAGUGAUCGCACUUAAUCUGUGCAACUGUACAAACUAAAUAGUGCUAUUUAGUUUUAUUUAGGAAAUCGUGCA